GGGGGAGGGAGAGGGAAGGAAUGGGGAAGCAAGGAGGGGGUCCCUUAGCCCCUUCACCCUCCCUCUCUACCAUGCCGGGAUCAUGAGCGCCGCCCCAGAAGGGGUAGAAGGAAUGCUCUGGGCUGGGGCAUAUCCCAGAGGGCCAAAACGGGAGAGGCAGAGAGACAUCGCCAGGGACCCAGACUCCAUUCAGUCCAGCCCUCCUGGUGCCACUGACCCGGUUCGUCACACCCUAUACAACGCCUUUUCUACUCCAAGCUGUCCCCGGGAGACCUAUCUGCCUCCUGGUCUUACUGACUUUGGCCGCUCCUCUCCGGGGUACCUUGCUGCACCUCCUUAUAUGGGCGAGGAUGUGGAGCUGUGCUCAUCCUAUAGCUUAGGAGGCUAUGCCCCCAGGGAGACCGGCCAGGGGCCGAGUGAGAGAAAUUCCUUGGACCUUUGGGGAGACGGCCAAACUUUUGAAUGGAUGAAAACCAAGAGGAGUCCGUCCAGAGCAGCGAAGCCUGGAGGGGACAGCUCUUCUGGGGAGCCCGAGGCGGCAGCAGCAACAACGAUGGGCAGUCCCCGGACCAGCUUCUCCACCAAACAGCUGACUGAGCUGGAGAAGGAGUUUCACCUGCAGCAUUACCUGCCCAGGGCCCGCCGGGCAGAGAUGGCAUCGGCACUUCAGAUUAGCGAGACUCAGGUCAAGAUCUGGUUCCAGAACCGGAGGAUGAAGCAAAAGAAGAGGGAGAAGGAAGGGCUGGGUGGGGGUUGGAUUCCCUCCAAUGCCUCUUCUCUGGUUUACUCAGCCAACACAGUGCCCCUCAAUCCCACACUCUAACCUUCCUAUCCUACCCACUAUUCUGCCCCCAAAGAAUUGCUAAGGCAGUAGCAUGUGUAUAUAUGUGCAGAGUAAGGAUCUCUGGGCUUCAAUGGACUGGGAAGCGUGUAUUGCCCUAAUUUCUGGUUUUAAAAUCUCACCAAGAGUGUUUGGGGAGUUAAGAAUAUACUAGCCAGGUUGAUGAAAUUCAUAUAUCCCAGAAAUAUAUAGUCCUUCCUGAGGCCAUAUCCUUCAAAAUCAUGGACUCUGUAAAUAACCCCAUAGUAUCAAAUAAUUUUAUGUUUGGCUCUGAUGGAGCUUUUUAAAAUCCUGAAGAAUACAUGUGUGUAUGCAGUGGGGUGAGGGAUAGAGAUGGGAGUAACAGUGAGAACCUUGUAGUUAAUUCAGGAAAGGAAUUCAGGAAUAACAUAUUUAUGGUUAAAUUUCGAAUUUAGGAACUGGAGCCUAGGUAUAUAUCUUCCACUGAAUAAUUAUUUGCAACAUGGCUUCUCCAAAUGUAUAGAUACAUAUACAAUAUUUAUACAAUACAAAAUUAUUCAAUAUUAUAAUAUUGUACAAUACAAAAUUAUUCAAUAUUUACUGGUUAUCCAAUCAUCUCCCCAUAGAAUGUAUUUCCUUUAGUAUAUCCACCCUUUUCCUAGAUUCCUUAAGUCAAUUUGGCUCUGAUUGGUUGCUUUCCAAUUAAAUCCUCAGGUCCUAGCCUAGGUCUCUUCAUCAAAGCAAAUCACUUCCCUGGGACCAUGAGUCUUCAGGGUACUGAGACCUAGAUCCUAUGAGACCCCACUAGGAUGGUGAACCAAUACCCAGGUUUAUUAUGAUGCAUGAUUUAUCAGAAGCCCUGUCUUAUGUACCUUCAUGCUUACCUUCUGCAUUCCCAGAGCUAUCCAGGUUCCAGCACUCCCUUUCCACUCUAGCUACCUUAGCUACCUAACCUUUCUAAGAACUUUUUCACUCCCUCAUAAAUAAUUUUAUUACCCAGUCCCAAACAUGUUUCAAGAGGCUUUUCUAUGUGGCCUCUGGGCAGGAUGAAACAGACGCUGCCUAUUAACAAUUAAUUACACAGACUGCAACUAUUGGGAUUGAAGAGAGCUAAGUGAAAGAAUUGGAAAGCUGUGGUAAUCAGGAGCAGGGUGAAUAGGACUGUUUGUUGUAAUCACUGUCAUUAUACUUGCUUCUGUGUCACCUUUUUAUUCCAUCUCUGCUCUACAACUUAGCUGAGGAAAUAACUUCUCCAUCAUAAUCUAGCCAAUGUAGGCUAUUACACACAUGGCCCUUCCACAUUAGUACCCAUGGUGCUAUGUGUGGUACAGUUGGAAUACUGUACUAUAUGUAGGGCUCAACAGGGACUUGAAGACAGCCAUACCAGUGAACUUAUUUCCACAUUUCAGAUGUAUUUCAUAGACUCCUUUUCCUGAAAAUGGACAGACAAAUCAUAUUCGGCACUUUAAAAACCAUUCCCAAGAAAAUAUAUGUAACAGGGAAUAUGGUUAUCCACAGACCUGAAACAGAGACCCAACAUCCCAAUAUCCAUGCAACUCUGUUAGAGUUCUCUCCUUGUUCCUAUUUGUAGACCUGGAAACCUGCCUAAAAAUUCCCUGCUGAGGAACCCAAAUCAAGGGAAUGCUGCUAAUUUGGAACAGGCAGUUUCAACUUUGAUCUCUGAGAUAGGGAUGUAGUAUUGUCUACUCCUCACCCUUAACUGAAUCCCUGUCCCUUGGUGCUACUAAUAGAAUGGAAUGGUGAUUUCCCAACUCUGGAAGACUUGACCAGGAACAAAUUCAAAUCUACAAGAAAAAGGAUAAAAGCUCUUGCAUUCCAAUCUGCUCAUUUAUCUGUUUUGAAAGAUCUUAGGAAUUAAAGUUAUAAUUUCUUAGUUGGUCAAAAAUAGAUAUUUUAUAUUCGGGCCAGAUUUCUCACAGUGGGAGGUGAAGAGAAAUGCUUCAAAAAGAUUUUCCCCCGCCUUAUCCAGGGUCAAACCAUUAGAUUUGAGAAUUUAAGACAAGGGACUUUCAAAAUGUAGAAAGCAUAUGUCUGCCUCUGUUUUUUUAUGACUAUCAAAAAUAUUUUUACAGGUUUGGGGGAAGAGGGAGGGAGAAAAGGUCCAAAUGUGAUGUGGAAUAAAAUAAAAUAAAAUAAAACCA